AUGGCUUCGACAAGUGCUAGUUGUUUAGAUCAUAAUUUAUGUGAGGAGAUGUCAGAAUAUAUAGAGAAAAUAACUCUAUCUGGGCAGAAAACUGUAGAUGAGUCAUUAAUGAAGAAAUUAAAGAAAAUUUGCAGGAUAUCUGAUAUUUAUGUGAAGCAUGCUUAUCAUUUGUUGAUGAGUACAUUGGAGAAAGAUCAUGCUGAAAUAAGACUGUCCUGUUUCAAGAUAAUAGAUGAAUUAUUCAAUAGAUCACAUUGUUUUCGAGAUUUACUUGUUUCUGAAUUCCAAACAUUUUUAGAACUAACUGUGGGAAUAAAUCAUGAUUUACCACUACCUGCUCCAAUUGCAAUAUCUAGAACAUUACGAGCAGAAACAUUAAAGUCUAUACAGCAAUGGUUUGAGAAGUUUGGGGAAGCCUAUAAAAAAUUGGUUUUGGGAUAUAACUUCCUAAAAUCUUGUAAAAUGGUUGAUUUCAAUGAUAUCCGAAAUAGAACUCUAGCUGAAAGAAGAAGAGAAGAGGAAAUAGAAAGAAAAAAAAGAAUUGUCUUAAAUCAAAAAUUAGACAAGGUUCUGAAAGAAAUGACAGAUAUGGUCCCUGAAAUUGAGACAUGUAUUACUGAGAUAGAAAAUUGUUUAAACCUGCUGGUACCCAAACCUGAUGAUUUCUUUAUUUUGAAUGAAGGUGAUACUGACAAUGAUGAUUAUAUAAACCACAGUGCUCUUCAACUAAACUCUUCAGUUAUUGAGACUGAAAGGAUGUGCACAAAUAAUUCUGAGGAUCCAAGUGGUUCUAAAAAUAGUGAAACUAAUGAUAACAUGCCGAAUGAAUCUCAGGUAGAAGACCAAUCAGGUGAAAAUAGUGAUGCUGAUAGUGACAAUGAUAGUGACAUGGAACCAAAUCUCAAUGAUCAAACAGCAUUUGUGUCUGAUUUUGGUCUUGGAACGCGGAAAUACAACCUCGAUAUUAAAAUCAGUUCUGACAAUUUUGUGAUCCAAGAAACAGAGGACAAUAAAGAUAUAUUCAGAACUUUACAUGAUUCUGUUCAACUGGCACGGAAAAAAUAUUUAUUGAAAUUUACAAAAUGGUUAGAGAUUUUAACAAAGGCUGGUGAGAAUGAUGAUAAAGUGAAACAUUUAGUCGAUUUAAAAAGUAAAUUAAAAACAUUAGUAGAUAAGAGUGUAGAAAUGAAGUUAACAAAAGAAGCUGUAGCAAUUGAAUCAGACGAGGAUGAAGAUUCUGAGUUUGAAGAAGUACCAGAGAAAGAAGGUUAUGAAGCUGAAGUACCUUUAUAUCUAUUAACAGCUACAGAAAUGGGUUUGAAAGAAGAUCCGAAGAAAAAAAGAGGCAGAAAAAGGACAGUUAAAGAUUGGACAAUGGGUAAUACUUCUACCUCCACUGAUGACCCUACCUCUAGAGCAGCUAAUCUUCAUAAACUAGGAAUAACAGAUGAACAUAAUCAACCAAGUACCUCCAAAACUAAACACAGUAAAUCUCAAAAUAGUAUACCAAUUGUUCCUUUUGGUCCAGAUAUUGAAUGCUGGGAAAAUCAAGACAAAAUAGAGAAACCUAUGGUCCUGAAAAAUGAUUCCUCCAUUUGGAGACCGGCAGAAUUUGAAAUCGAAAAGGAUUCUGCAUCUAAACAUGAUGUAAAGGCUUUAACAACUCGAACCUUUCACUACCCUGGCAAGUUUGUACCAGUUUCAUGGUCUUGUAGAACUCCUUUACCUAAUGGUUCACUGUGUCAAAGAAUGGAUAGAGAAAAGUGUCCAUUUCAUGGUAAAAUAAUAGGCAGAGAUAAAACAGGUCAGCCAACUAGUGAAAACGAUGUUGAACUGAAAAUAAAAGAGCAGCUGUUGAAGACUGAAGGUAAAAUGGCUGAUUGGAGAGAUCAUGAACUAGAGAAAGACAUUGAAGGAGCUUUAGGUAUAGAUCUUGGUUCCAGUUCCUCUAAAGGGAAAGGAAAAGGCAAAAAGAAAAAUAAGAAAUAUGAGAAUUUAACUGAUGUAAAAGAAAUAAAAAAUACCUCCAGAAACAGACUGGAGAAAAAAGUAUUUAAUAGGACAGCUAUGAAGAGAGUAACUUCUAGAUUGGAUGCUGCAGAUUAUAAACGUAUUCGUGAUAAAUUUGGAAAUCAGUUUAACUAUGCUCACAAAUAA